AUGAGCGCAAGAAGUGUACGAACCCUCAUACGCAAUUCUUCUUCAUUGCUUAGUAUUGCUUAUGAAUAUGGACGACCAUUCCCAUUUACUUCCAUACAAAAACGUCUCACUCGGCGUUCAAUUCGUAAUGACCAGAUGUUUACGAGUCAUUUUGUACAAACAGUUGCACCUAUACGAUGUCAAAAAAAUAGCAAGGCUUCACUUGUAAUUUUCGACAAAGAUGGCACUUUAAUUUGUUUUCAUUCCACGUGGGUUCCAUGGGCGAUAAAUGUGGCCAAGAAAAUAAGUGAAGCAAUAAAUAUGAAUGUUGAAAAAGAAAUAUAUUCAUUGCUGGGCUUGCAUGAGAAGGAACAGAAGGUGAAAUCUGGGCUUCUCGCUGAAGGAACUAUGGCACAAAUACGUGAUGCCAUUGCCCGGUUGCUGAUUAAUCGCGGAAUUGAAGCUACUGAUGCUGUUAAACAUAUUAUGGCAGCAAUCCUAGAGUCGAAUGAAUCCAGUGGUCAAGCUGCUAAAGAAAUUUCUGAUUUGUGUUCAUUAUUCCGGCAACUACGAGAAAACGGAAUCAAAAUAGCCAUUUGCACCUCAGACAGCCGAAAAGGGACCUUAACUACAUUACGACGAUUACAAUUGGAAGAUCAUGUUGAUGUAGUAGUGUGCGGUGAUGAUGCUGGUUCCAUACCAAAACCGCAUCCUCAUAAUGCACUUUCCAUAUGUCGUGCGUUGGAUGUUGAUCCACAAGAUACACUUGUAGUAGGUGAUACUUUAGCUGAUAUGGGUAUGGGACGUUCCGCUAAUCUUGGUAGUACUGUUGGAGUACUUUCCGGAGUAUGUGACAUCAAUGAACUGCGACCACAAGCUGAUCACAUUGUUCGCGAUGUUAGUGAGCUGUUACCCAUUGUACUGGAUAUGAGGAGAUGGUCACUGUCAUGA